AGCAGCGGGAAGCACAACGGCUGUCGUUUGUGCUUAACCCUCCAUCAUGGAAAGUCAGAGUCGCAUCUUCGCGGCGAUAGUACCGGCCGGGCGGGAGCUCUCCGGUAACGAAAAAGAGCAAGGGCUGGAAGUAAGAGCGGUUAGUCGGCAGAGUCCCGGUAAGUGUCUACGGGAGGUCCAGGUGACAGGGACAGCGGAGGUUCGCUGCCAGGCGGACCGAGCAUCGGUGCGGGUCAGCGUGGGCAACAGCAAGGAGUCCGUCAGCGAAGCAACCCACAGCGUUUCACGACGACUUGGAUACAUUUUACAGGCUCUCAGCUGCAUGCAGGGGCGGAACCUGAGGGUGGCCAUCACAGACUAAACCCCUGCUACCCUCCAUCCUUGUAUAUUUGAAGU